UCCUCGGCCGCAUCCGCAGCCUCGUAAGACGCUAAGGGAGAGAUCGCCCACGUCGUCGUCGUCGUCGUCUCCUUCUUCUUCUUCUUCUUCUUCUUCUUCUUCGCAAGGUGGGGGAACAGGGUUAGGGUUAGGGUUAGGGCAUGGAAGGGGAGAAGGCUCCUGCGGUGGAGGUUUGCAAGGGCGUCAAUGGCCUCGACAAGGUGGUGCUCCGGGAGGCCCGAGAUUGCUCCGCGGAGGUUUAUUUAUACGGAGGUCACGUAACAUCUUGGAAAAAUGAUGGCGAGGAGCUCCUUUUUGUCAGCAAUAAGGCUAUCUUCAAGCCGCCAAAAGCUAUACGUGGCGGCAUUCCCAUAUGCUUUCCUCAAUUCUCCAACUUUGGAUCUCUUGAACAACAUGGAUUUGCAAGGAAUAAGCAAUGGAGCAUUGACACUGACCCGCCUCCAUUUCCAACAGUCACCUCCAGUAGAGCUUUCGUAGAUCUAAUCCUCAAACCAUCUGAAGAAGAUCUUAAGAUCUGGCCAAAUAGUUAUGAAUUUCGUCUAAGGGUUACACUUGGACCUGGAGGAGAUCUAAUGCUGACAUCACGUAUAAGAAAUACUAAUACAGAAGGGAAGACAUUUUCAUUCACAUUUGCGUACCACACAUACUUCUUUGUUUCUGAUAUCAGUGAAGUACGAGUAGAAGGAUUGGAGACUCUGGAUUACCUUGAUAACUUGCAGGAAAGGAAGCGUUUCACUGAACAAGGAGAUGCAGUAGUUUUUGAAUCUGAAGUAGACAAAAUUUAUCUGAGCACACCAGCAAAACUGGCAAUUUUGGACCAUGAAAAGAAAAGAACAUUUGUUUUGAGGAAAGACGGGCUUCCAGAUGCAGUUGUAUGGAAUCCCUGGGACAAGAAAGCUAAGGCCAUGGCAGAUUUUGGGGAUGACGAGUACAAACAUAUGGUUUGUGUAGAGGCUGCAGCUAUUGAGAAGCCCAUCGAGUUGAAGCCCAAUGAGGAAUGGACAGGGAGGUUAGAACUAUCUGCUGUUCCAUCAAGUUACUUUAGUGGGCAUUACUUUAGUGGGCAACUGGACCCAGAAAAGGUUCUUCAAAGUUCAAGCAUCUAGCUUUCGACCUAAUCUUUUACAGGUACACCAUCUCUGGAGCGUGGGUGCUUGGCUGCGAGCAAUAUACAAUAAGUCGUCUUCUGUUUAAAACUUAAGGCAGGGUCUGGCACAUACCUUGCAAUGGAAUUAGCAUUUCUAAUUUUAUUUACCAUUCAAACUGCCAUGGAUAAAUAAUUAGCCUGAUGCAGUGUAAGGACUUGCGAUGUUGUACUAAUCUUGUUUACAUAUCGUAUUAAACUGUUUUUGAAUAUCUGGGGCUUGUGAAGGUCUACGGAGUCUCCCAGGUUAUGUACCCCAUACGAUAAAAACAUUGUCAGAUAAAUGAUAUAAUAAUAUGCUCUCAGCGUAUCUCCUCCUCAUUUUGAAGCA